AUGGGUGGCAGCCGCGGAGGCUUCAAUCCCGGGCGUGGUGGCAACAAUCAGGGUGGUCGCGGUCGUGACAAUCGUCGAGGUGGGUCGUUCAACGGUGGUGGUAGCUUCCACCAGCAAGGCCACCAGCAAGGCUAUCAGCAGCAACCGCACCACCACCAACAGCAGCAGCAGCAUCAUCACCAACACCACCAGAACAGCUACUCAAACAACGGUAGCUUUCGCGGCCGCAAUCAAGGCUUCACGCACUCUACGCGUGGAGCUAGGCAUGAUGCUCAUGCAACUCACGGUAGAGACAACGCGAGCGUAACCUCUACCGGAUUUUCAUCUGGUAAGAAGGAGGAGAAUCGACGCACGCUGACCGAUUUUAAGGUCGUCGGGCUCGAGAUAUCCGAGCUUUCUUGGAGUUGGAGUGUCGCAAAGUCUGAUGCUGCCGAUGCACCAGUCAAGACGGAGGACGUCCCGAUUUCUAUUUCGUCUACUGCAGGUGCGGGUGCUCAAAGCACGGGCGAUUCUCCUGUCAAGACAGAGCCUGUAGCUGCCACGCCCGACGCGCCUGCUACAGGUGCAGCGUCAGGGUCGGGAGAUGUCUCCGGCCCUAGCCAGGCCUCUGCCAUUAAGUCGGAGCCGACGGCCAUAUUGCCUCCUCCGCCGUCGCGGGUUCGCAUUUACUUCCACACACCUGUGACUGCUGACGAUUCGCAUCUCAUCUCUUCUAACGCUCCGUACGCCCAACCCUCCACUUCUCGGAAGGGCAAGCGUAAAAAGCUGGAGGAUGAUGACGGGGAUCUCGAGGAUGGUCGUGGUCCUCCCCCGCCGGCGCCGCAUUCGUCUGAGAUGGGACACGAGCACGACGUUGCUAGUGUGGAUGGGACUGAAACGGCGUUCGGCCGCGAUAGCGUCGCGCCGAGUGUCGAGGAAACAGCCAGCGAGGGCGACUGGCUCAUGGCUGCCAUUGGCGGCGAAGAAGGGGAGGGCGAGGGCAGGGCCAUGAAAAUGGCGACGAACGCGGAGGGCGAAUAUGACAAUUCUGGCUAUGAUGACGUCCAAGGAGAGGGUCAUGACGAGUAUCACAUGGGCGGCGACGAGGGUGCUCACGACUCAGGCGAACAGCAGCAUGAUGAUCAUGCGCCGUCUGCCGAGCAGGGCGGUAUGUCCGUCGACUCACAAGCUGCACCUGGCCCAGAUAAUGCGGUGCCCAGCGGCCCUAACGCUUCUUCAGAGGCCGGAGACCCGUCUGGCAAUGCUGUCAAUGGUUCUGCACCCGCACCGUCAUCUGCGUCUCCUGGCAUUCCUGCUUCCGCGGAUUCUGCAUCCAUGUCUUCUGCUAUCGGUCCCACUAACACUUCUCCCAACGGUGAUGCUCAGGCUGGAGUUGCGCCAUUGCAAGCUACGAAUUCUCUCAUCUCUACCGUGCCCGAUACAGACGCACAGGGCCAAAAUUUGGAGCGCGAAGCCACUGCGCCCGGUUCGCCUUCCAUGGAUCAAACGCAGCCCACGGACGACGCUCCGUAUCAGGGCGACGAAUCCUCGUUCUCCAACGCGGGCCCGUACGCUCCCGAUCCGUCUAGCUCGCAAGCCAGCAAGGCUGGCCGUGUCGCGUCUGCGAACCGUCUCUCCGCUGCAUACGCUGGGGGCACGCGUAGAAUGGUGAUUGACGCUGAGAUCGUCGACUCGUUGAAAGUAUUCCGAGCCGAGGCUCGUAUAGAGGCGUGCAUCAACGUCGAAAGAGAUGAUGCUGGGGGAUACAAGGGUAUCAUGAUGGAAGCCUACUCUGAGUCGGUCGCAUCAUACCUGCCCCUCGAGAUGUCGGAAGAUGUUGAAGCUGAUCCGACGGUGCCGCCGUUCUCAAAGGCCGCGCUUCCGACCAAGGUGACGCUGAUCGUGCACCUCGAUCGACAACGCCCGCUGUCAGAGCCGCGCUGGGUAAAGUCCGGCGACGUCCACGAGUGGCUGAAGAGCAUGUUCGGCCGCAUGUUCUGGGUAGCCGGCGACGCAGCUGAAGGCUGGGAGAAGAAGAUCCAGGUCGUCGACCCCGACCCCGCCCCGACGAUCUGGACCGUGCUCGAGACGUGGGCGCAGAACUCGAACAUCGGCCAGCAGACGGAGCGGCAGCGCUUCCUGCGCACGCACAUGACGGAGACGGACAACAUCCUCGAGAUCCUGCUGCGGCUCGUGCGCGGCGAGCGGUCCGGGACGGGCUUCCAGCAGGCGACGCCCGCGGUGGCGUCGCCGAACCUCGUUGGGCCGCUGCUCACCGCGCUCUCGCCGGGCGCGGCGCACGGCGCGCAACAGACGCACGUCUCGCUCGCGGUGCUGGCGGUCUUCCGGCUCGCGGUGGAGUACGCGAAGCGCGUGUCGCCCGAGAACGGGAAGCACGAGGUGGAGGAGCGCGUCGGCGAGAUCAUACGCUCGCUGCCGUCGCACCUGCUGUACAAGAGCCUGGACGGGAUCUUCAAGGAGUGGAAGGCGGACAAGAAGGGCGGGAAGGCGUAGCCUCGGGUGUCGCGAGCGGUCUGUUUGGCUGGUCGGCGGGGUUUCGUUCUUGGACUCGCCGUUUACUGUAGUGACCCGUUUUCGUUCCGUCUCUUCGCCAGUGCUGCGUUCGGACACUUCGUUGCCUCCCUUUCGUCUUUCGUGCCCCCGUAUGCUCUCUGAGUGUGGCAAACCUGUUCGCGCUCCGCUGACGUUUCUGUAUGACCUGAAUGUAACCAGUACGCACGUCCGUCCCUAAUGAUUUCCUCUCGAACUCGUCUUCGCGGAUGCGCAUCGUUCGCUCUCGGUC